GCUGGCAAGCGGUGUCCGUAGGGCCUCAGCCGCCUGUCUUCAGCCGCUGCCCCUGCUGUCCCUCCGCUUCUGUCUGUCGCUUGCUUUUAGAGGAUACAGGCGACAGCUGGGGCUUUCAGGUGGUCGCGCAGCGGCCAGAAGCCUACGCGGAGCCGCCUUGUCAGCCAGGCGGGUUUUCUCGGCCGGGUCCCGGUCGAGGGGAAAAUGGCGCCGGCGCCCCUAGGCGUCCGGGAGGAGCAGCUCCCGGGGUGUCGGUCCGGACCCCUUUCCCGGCUCCUCUUCCUCGCMCAGGCAGUCCUCCUGCUGCCCGUCGCCUGGGCAGGCCUCUGCCCCGCACCCUGCUCCUGCCGCAUUCCUUUGCUGGACUGCAGUCGCAGAAAGCUGCCCGCGUCGAGCUGGAGGGCGCUGUCGGGCCCGCUGCCCCCCGACGUCGCCACCCUGGAUUUGAGCCAUAAUCGGUUAUCUGACUGGAACAUCAGCUUGGAAUCACAAACUUUACAGGAAGUGAAAAUGAAUUACAAUGAGCUAACAGAAAUCCCAUAUUUUGGAGAACCAACAUCUAAUAUCACUCUACUUUCAUUAGUUCAUAAUUUAAUCCCAGAAAUAAAUGCAGAGGCUCUCCAGUUUUACCCUGCUCUUGAGAGUUUAGACCUCAGCUCCAAUAUAAUAUCAGAAAUCAAGGCAUCUUCAUUUCCUCGAAUGCAACUUAAAUACYUGAAUUUGAGUAAUAAUAGGAUAACUACUUUGGAGGCUGGUUGCUUUGAUAAUUUAUCCAGUUCCUUAUUAGUGGUAAAGUUGAACCGGAACCGACUUAGUAUGAUUCCACCUAAGAUCUUCAAACUACCUCACCUUCAAUUCCUGGAACUUAAAAGAAACAGGAUUAAAAUUGUGGAAGGUCUUACAUUCCAAGGGCUCGACUCCUUAAGAUCUUUGAAAAUGCAGCGGAAUGGAAUUAGCAAACUUAAGGAUGGAGCAUUUUUUGGCUUGAAUAAUAUGGAAGAAUUAGAACUAGAACACAAUAAUCUUACACGAGUGAACAAGGGGUGGUUGUAUGGCUUACGAAUGUUACAGCAGCUGUAUGUGAGCCAGAAUGCUAUUGAAAGAAUCAGCCCUGAUGCAUGGGAGUUCUGCCAAAGACUAUCUGAACUUGAUUUGUCUUAUAAUCAGCUGACUCGCCUGGAUGAAUCUGCCUUUGUGGGUCUGAGUUUACUGGAGAGAUUGAAUUUAGGAGAUAACAGAGUCACUCACAUUGCUGAUGGUGUGUUUAGGUUUCUUUCCAAUCUUCAGACACUAGACUUAAGAAACAAUGAAAUUUCAUGGGCCAUAGAAGAUGCUAGUGAAGCCUUUGCUGGACUCACAAGUCUUACUAAAUUAAUCUUGCAAGGAAAUCAGAUUAAGUCAGUUACAAAGAAAGCAUUCGUUGGUCUUGAAUCCCUUGAGCAUUUAGAUUUGAACAACAAUGCUAUAAUGUCUAUCCAAGAAAAUGCUUUUUCUCAGACUCACUUGAAAGAACUGAUUCUAAACACAAGCAGUUUGCUCUGUGACUGUCAUUUGAAGUGGUUACUUCAAUGGCUGAUUGAUAAUAACUUUCAUCAUUCUGUAAAUGUAAGCUGUGCACAUCCUGAAUGGCUAGCAGGGCAAAGCAUCCUGAAUGUGGACCUGAAAGAUUUUGUCUGUGAUGAUUUUCUCAAGCCACAGAUAAGAACACAUCCUGAAUCCACAGUUGCUCUAAGAGGAGUUAAUGUGUCUCUGACAUGUACUGCAGUGAGUAGCAGUGAUUCACCCAUGUCCACUGUGUGGCGCAAAAAUAGUGAAAUCCUAUAUGAUGUGGAUAUUGAGAAUUUUGUUCGUUACCGGCAGCAAGCUGGAGAAGCUCUGGAAUAUACUAGUAUUUUACAUCUUUUCAAUGUGAAUUUCACAGAUGAAGGAAAAUACCAGUGUAUUGUUACUAAUCAUUUUGGUUCCAAUUAUUCUCAAAAAGCCAAACUGACAGUGAAUGAGAUGCCAUCUUUUCUGAAAACUCCAAUGGAUCUGACUAUCCGCACUGGUGCCAUGGCCAGAUUAGAAUGUGCUGCAGAGGGGCACCCUGUACCUCAGAUUUCCUGGCAGAAAGAUGGUGGUACUGACUUUCCUGCGGCUCGAGAAAGACGCAUGCAUGUCAUGCCUGAGGAYGAUGUCUUCUUCAUUGCCAAUGUGAAAAUAGAAGACAUGGGAAUCUAUAGUUGCAUGGCGCAAAAUAUAGCAGGAGGUCUCUCAGCAAAUGCCUCUCUAACAGUUUUAGAGACACCCUCAUUUAUUAGACCUCUGGAAGACAAGACAGUAACCCGAGGUGAAACUGCUGUAUUACAGUGCAUAGCUGGAGGAAGUCCUGCUCCACGCCUCAAUUGGACUAAAGAUGAUGGACCACUGCUGGUGACAGAGAGACACUUCUUUGCUGCCGCCAACCAGCUUCUCAUCAUUGUAGAUGCUGGACUAGAAGAUGCCGGGAAAUAUACCUGUAUCAUGUCUAAUACACUUGGGACAGAACGUGGCCAUAUUUACCUAAAUGUCAUUUCAUCCCCCAAUUGUGACUCUUCUCAGAGUAGCAUUGGGCAUGAAGAUGAUGGCUGGACUACAGUUGGCAUUGUCAUCAUUGUUGUGGUCUGCUGUGUUGUGGGCACCUCUUUGAUCUGGGUCAUUGUUAUUUACCAUAUGAGAAGGAAAAGUGAAGACUAUAGUAUCACAAACACAGAGGAGCUCAAUUUGCCUGCAGACAUUCCUAGUUACUUGUCUUCCCAAGGAACACUGUCUGAGCCACAGGAAGGAUACAGCAACUCUGAGGCAGGCAGUCACCAGCAGCUCAUGCCUCCUGCCAGUGGAUAUAUACACAAAGGCACUGAUGGUGGCACUGGUACCCGGGUGAUCUGCUCAGAUUGUUACGACAAUGCCAACAUAUACUCAAGGACCCGUGAAUACUGUCCAUACACCUAUAUUGCUGAGGAGGAUGUUCUAGAUCAGACACUAUCCAGCCUCAUGGUCCAGAUGCCCAAGGAGACAUUUUUGUCACAUCCUCCCCAAGAUGCCACUGUCUUGGAGAGCCUGAUAUCAGCAGACAGAGAGCUGUCUGCCUUUCCUACUAACAAUGAUAGAAAAAGUGAGAAGAAACUUCCCUGCACUCAGAUGAGCAAUGAAACAUUGCAACGGCCUCUGUGGAACAUAAACAGAGAAUUAGGCCUGUCUCAUCCGCCCUUUUCCCAACAACCAGUCCUUGAGUCACCACAACUUCAUCGAAAUGAAGGCCUGGCAGAGAGAGAUCCAGACUCUUCUUCCCCCAUGCCCUGCCACAGGUUACAUGACCAUGCUUUUGAAUUUAGUAGGACUCGGAACAUUCAAGAUGGUAGUGAGGGUACAUGAAACCCACUCUAGGAUAAAAUCUGGGCAGAGACAAAAGUGAACUAAUUUGUACUUACUACCUCAGAGUUCAGAAGAAACCCCAAAGUCAGCAUUUGCUUUACUCUUUGUUCAUGGUUACAUCUGACCACACCAAGGUAGGACAGGCAUUUGGGUUUAUGCCUGAUGAAGGAAGGGUAACAGCUGACAGAAAUGGGUAUAUCAAAUCAAAAUUAUGCAGCACUGGCAGAGGAAGAUACAGGACAAAUGUGCUUCCUGAUGGUUCCAUGGAGAUGUGCCGAGGUGUGCUUUGCCUAUCAGGAAGGUCUGAUUGCUGCUUAACCUGCUGGAAUUAUCUUAAUUCUCAGAACAACCCUGAGAAAACAUUACUGCUUUGAUGUUCUACUCUAC